GUGCCCUCUGCUCCUUCUGCCCACUGUCUUCCUUGCUCUGCCCACACUGCUGGCCUCGGGCCCAGACACCUGCUCCACUCCAGGCAAAUGGCUGCUCUUCACACGCUGUGGAUGGGGCUGGUCCUGCUGGGGCUCUUGGGAUUCCCACAGACUCGAGCUGAGGGGGAGAGCCAUGGCUCGGUGCAGCCCAACUUUCAACAAGACAAGUUCCUGGGGCGCUGGUACAGUGCAGGGCUGGCCUCCAAUUCAAGCUGGUUCCGGGAGAAGAAACCGGUACUGUUUAUGUGCAAGACGGUGGUAGCUCCCUCCACAGACGGCGGCCUCAACCUCACCUCUACCUUCCUCAGGAAGAAUCAGUGUGAAACCAAGAUCAUGGUGCUGCAGGCUUCAGAGGUUCCCGGGCAGUACAACUACAACAGCCCCCACUGGGGCAGCAUCCACUCCGUCUCCGUGGUGGAAACCAACUAUGAUGAAUACGCGCUGCUGUUCAGCAGGGGCACCAAGGGCCCAGGCCAGGACUUCCGCAUGGCCACCCUCUACAGCCGAACCCAGACCGUAAAGGACAAGGUGAAGGAGAAAUUCACUGCCUUUAGCAAGGCCCUGGGCCUCACAGAGGAGGACAUUGUUUUCCUACCCCCACCGGAUAAAUGCAUUCAAGAGUAAAAACAGGUGAGAGAAGCAGUCACUGGGCGGGCUCCACUCGGUGAUCUGGCCCUCAGGACUCCUUUGCUCUGUCACCCUUGAGAUCCCAGCCCUGGCUCCCCAAAGUGCCUCUACACCCUCCAGCCUUGUCUUGACUGAGGAAUAAAGUCCAAAGCAAAUCAGA